AUGCUGUCGAUUGAUCCUAAGGAACUUUUAACUUGGUGUGAUGAUUUACAUCAAGUUAAAGGCAAUGUUUCUCAAUUACAAGCAACUCUUAAUCAAAUCUUAGCUAAGGCACCCACGCUAGAGCAGUUUAAAAAUUUGUCUUUAUAUUUGGAGCUGAAUGGGUCCAAUAAAGAUCCUCGAUCUAUUGGCGGUAGAACUAAAAGCUUGCUUAUAUCUCCUCAGUUAAAGGUUGCCGUAAGACUAAAGCACUUGUGUGAAGCGGGAUUGUUGCCCGAGCUAUUAGCGCUAUGCAGAAUCAACUUUAAAUCAAACAAAGCUGACAAGUUUGUGGGGUACUUUUUGGAUUACAUCCCACCGAAGAACGUUGCAGAGACAUUGCCUGACGUUUUAACUAAAAAUAUAAUUAAAAGCAAGUACGCAGACAUAGCUACAUAUCCACCGACGUUACCCCCGAUUUCCGACGAAUCUUUGUUGAGGAGGGUGCUUACUGAUAAGUCUUUUCGUCAACCGUCUGACUUCAUAGAACUGGAGACAUUGAAUGAUUUCAACCAGGCACACAAUGCCAAGUUGAGCUUAAAAGGAAGAUCGCUCUUAGAAUACUUGAUAAUCGACAUUCUAGAAUCUAAAUUUACAAGUAUACAUGAGGACGAUGUAUUUUUAUUCAGUCAUAAACUCCUUUCGAAGUCAAUAUUAGCAAGAUUAGCAUUGGGGUAUAACUUGGUAGACCAAUACAAUUUCAAUUUUUCUAAAGAACUCAGCUUAGAAGAAAAAUUGAAGUGUUUGAGCAAUAUCUUUUUGGCAUACGUUGCCGGCUUGACACUAGAUGGCUAUUCUCUCGAAGAAAUAGGAAGAUGGAUUGAGAAACUAUAUGAACCGUUGUGGUCAGAUUUAUCGGAUUCGAUUGAUAAGCGGCCAAUCAGCAAGUUUUCUUUAGCGGAAUUGAACUUCUUGUUUAAAAGAUUGACUGAUAUAUAUGCCGUUCAACCAGAAGAGGUCUCAAUAGAAUUCACUGAGUUAGAUACUGAUCCCUAUGUUGUGAGGUUGAACGUAAAUGGUGAAGGCUUGGGAGUUGGUACCAGUAGUAAAAGUUUAGAGGACGCAAAAGAGCGAGCGGCCGAGGAGUCUUUUCGUGAUAAGAGCAGCUUAGACCAUAUAUUGACUACUUUAAUUGAUCGAUACAAGGCCGACGAUUCAGUCUCGUCCAACUCUAAUGACGAAGAAGAUUCUUAUUCCCCCAGACUUGAUAGCGACGGUUACGAAUCUCCCGUUCCCGAAUCCUUCGCAGAUUAUAAACCCGAAAAACGAGUUAAUGAAUCCAGGGGUACUUUUUCUCGCAGUGAUAUUGGUAACGGCUCGAGGCAAUCUAAAUCUCCAGCCUUUCAUAAUUUACCUCCAUCUCUUCCCUCAAUACCCAACCGGCCGCAACCUUACGGUGCCCCUCCUCAGCUACAGGAUAGGCCCCUAGCUCCUUAUGUUCUUACUCCUCUGAUCGAUGUUGGCCCAACUGAAAAUGGAAUUGAUAAUAGUGCCAAAAACAACCUCUAUGCAUUACUUGGCCCGCUCCAUCUAACUCCGACGUAUAAGUUUCUGAGGAGUGGCAACGAUUUCCUAGCGACGGUUCUGGUCAACGAUGUCGUUCUAGGUGAAGGAUAUGACAAUAAUAAAAAGAUCGCAAGUCAAAAGGCUGCUACGAACGCAUUGAACAAUACCUCAGCAUUACUGAUGCUAGGAGUAGGUAUAUAA